GGGCAUUUUUAAAAAGAUGUACAGGCGAGAAAUUCAAGAAGGGUAAAUUUAAAUAAAGUUUUUAUGUUUUCGAAAAAACGUUUCGGGAUGUUGGUUCGCACCGACAGGCAGAAGAGCUACGUCAUGGAGAGUCCCCAAACGCCGAAGACCGAAAAGGAGCGUAGUCAGGAUCGCAAGGAGCGCGAACAGGAACGCAAGGAGCGUGAAAAGGAACGCAAGAAGGAGCAGGAACUGGAACGCAAACGGGAACAGGAAAGGCGAAAGGAGGUUGAACGGGAAAAACAGCAAGAAAGACAGCGUCAGUUGGAAUGGAAAAAAGAACUGGAGAGGGAACGUCAGCGCGAGAAGGAACUGGAUCAUCCCAGGCAGGAAACAUCAUCGGUCGCCAAAAAACCCAACCCUGAAAUCUCAAAAUUCGACGACGAAUUCGAACGGGACAUUGAGAAUUUGGAGCGUCAGAUAUGUCACCUGGAUUUUCGCUCCAAAACUAUGGCCACCAUGUGGAUGGACAAGCUGCGCCAAACACCCCAAAAUGUGGCUGAAGCCAGGUCGAGGAAUAUAAUAACGUCCCACAUACUCAAGUGCUGUGGCGAAAGCAUCUUCAAGAAGGAGCCUUUCAACCAUCCUCCACCGCCCGAAAAUUUAACAACCAUAAGGGAAAGAAUGUAUCUGACGCGCGAUAGCACGUGCCAUGGAAUGCCUGUGGCCAAACAGAGGGAACCGAACUCCUAUUUAACCCAAUUGUUUAACGAUUCAUACGAUGGCGGUGAAUUCCUGAGCCAGCUUCCAGUGCCACGUGAUGGUGCCUUCUUUAUUCUGCACAUGCGUCCAAACUUAUAAAAGUGAAUCAAACAUAAAACACAAGCCAGCAAAAUUCAAAAUUUAAA